AUGGCACCCAACCUAGGCGCUAUCAAGGUCGUAUUGCUUGACAUCGAGGGCACCGUGUGUCCCAUAUCUUUUGUCAAAGAUGUUCUAUACCCUUACGCCGUCAAUGCUCUUCCAGCUACCCUAGACAAGCAAUGGGACAGCCCCGACUUUGCUGCUUACCGGAAUGCGUUCCCGGAGGAUUGCGUGUCUGACCGAUCCGCCUUUGAAGCGCACUUCCGGGACCUUGUCAGCCGAGACGUCAAGGCCUCGUACCUCAAGGCACUCCAGGGAUACCUCUGGAAGGAGGGUUACAAGUCGGGCGAUAUCAAGGCGCCUCUCUUUCCGGACGUUGCUGAGCGUCUUUUGUCCUGGAAGGACGCCGGCUUGCGCCUCGUCAUCUACUCGUCUGGCUCGGUUCCCGCCCAGAAGCUCUUCUUUGGCUACACUGACGCUCAGCCAUCGGACCUGACGUCCCUCAUCUCUGGCUGGUUCGAUACCGUCAAUGCCGGCCUCAAGACCCAGCCUAGUAGCUACACCUCUAUCCUUUCCAACUUUGAGGACACCAAGCCUGAGGAAUGGCUGUUUCUCAGUGACAACCCCCACGAAGUCACUGCCGCCAUUGCGGCUGGAAUGCAGAGCAUACCUGUAGUCCGCCCCGGCAACGCACCCCUUCCGGCGGAUAUGAGCCCAACAUUAGAACCCAUUAGAGACUUUAGCGAACUGGAGGGUCUUGGACUAAGAUAUUGA